GAUUAUUAUGCCGUGAUUAGCAUAAGCGAGCACUUGACGACCGGGAACGGGCUGCCAGUUGAUGGUGUCAUGAGUCGGGCGGAGGUGAGGGGAGGCCUUUGCGAUCGGUGUCAGAGAGAGGCUGCGAGGGAGAGGGAGAGGAAGGAGGACUGAGGCAGAGGAAGGAUGGCGGGGCCUGCACCGGCAUGGAGUUCGCGGCUCGCGAUUCAGUUGGUUCGAGGCCUUCCGGGCACAUUGCAUCUGCAUCGUCGCACGGUUCGCGCUCUAGGUCUGCGCAAGGUGAACCAAAUUGUGUUUCGCGAGAAUUCCCCGACGAUUCGGGGCAUGAUCAAUCAGGUAAAGCGCCUGCUUUCAGUGGAAACAGAGGAAAUGUAUAAAGCGAGACUACAAGCAGAGGCACAACAUCUGGCUCAACGACCUCCCAUCGUCGUCAAUCAUUCUCCACCUUCUCCGUCUGCUAGUUGAAUUGGCUGAAUUGUACGGUGGACAGACCACUCAUGAAGAUUGACAGUCCGAUUCAAGGAGCUAUAGGAACAGAGAGUAGAUAGUUGAGCCUAGCUCAUAUAUAACCCUUUUUCUGGGUUGAAGGUACCCCUUCGCAGCGAUCAGUCAAUCUGGAAAGAACAUGCGUACGUUUCGCAUACGAGUAGUCAGGAUGAUUUAUCUUCAUCACGGCACGGUAGCGAAAGGAUAGUACGAGAUGGAGGCUGUACCAGUAGCUUGUAUUGCUGUGGUUAUCGCUUAAGAACGGUCGUUUGCAUGCGGGACUACAGCGUAGAUUGAAAUUCUUACUUCUGUCACCAACCCUGAACAGGGGCUCUUUUUGCAUCAUAUUCGGAGAGUUCGGAUCACUUCGUUGUAAAGUUGCACUGUUUCAUGUCU